AUGAAAAUGGCGGCGGAUGGCUGACCGCCGUCUUUAUCGGAUAUUAUACAUAAAACUGCGAUUUAAACCAGCGUUCUCUGUCGAUUUUAACAGAACGUCAUGUCAUUUAAUAUGACCAGGUUUUAAGGAUUUUCUAAACUCUUUGGUUGAUUGAAGUUUUCCAAAAGACAAAGCGGAAAGUUCCUUUGGAAAUAGAUUGCUCGCUGUCUGCUGUUGCAUUUUAAACUUAGACGUUCGUUUUAGUUUAGCGAACAGUUUGUUCAGCAUAAUAAGAGAAUGUGUUUUAACUACAUGCCGCAAAUAACCCAGGACUGGUAACCCCCACCCCCUAAAACUAGCCAGACAAGUGUCUAAAUUGUAUGUAUUGUAUCAUUAGUAAGCUACACUCUAUAGCUAACGUUAGCUAUAACACGCGAACCCUUACAUAAUGAACCACACUACAAUCCCAAAUGCAAUAUUGGCGCUAUCAACAAACGAAAGCUUGCUAGCUAAUCCCAUUCUCGGUAUUUUUUAUAUAUAUAUAUAUAUAUUUUUUUUUUUUGGUGAUCGACAACAAUGCUUCCUUUUGGUGGGGGAUAGCUAGCCAAAUAUGCUAGCCUCUUUACUUUAGUAUUUCACUAGCUAUGUCCUAGUGGUAAUUAUCUACCUUUAGCUGUAAAUAACAUAACGUUGCAAUGUGUAAACGCUCGUGCUUUAUUUAUACGGUGGUUUUAAUCAAAUCAAAAUGUAUUAACAUGGCUACGUUGCUGACUGUAUUUUAGAUUUAGUUUGUCAGAUUUGAAAGGCUUUUUUUUACCCGCAAGUGACAGUGGACAUAAAUAUUACACUACUAUAAAUAAAUAGAUAAGUUAAGCUACAUUUCCAAUCACGAGCUAGUUGUAGUGUUCAGCAGCUUGACAGCGCAGUCAGGUACCCACGUGUAUCGGCGAACCGCCUACCAAAUAAGCAGUCCACUGUCUCAAGUGACAGUCAUAAAACAUGGAAGAUAAGCGUCGACCAAGAUUCAGCAAGCGGCUGCGGUCGGGCACGCGGCGGCGCUACCAUGACGAUGGUAUCUCGGACGACGAGAUCGAGGGGAAGAGGACCUUUGACCUGGAGGAGAAGCUGACGAGCGAGAGGUUCACCUCAGACAGGGUCAAACGCAUGGAGGGGAAAGACCUCACCUUUGAGUACAUCCAAAGAGGUGGGUUGAGGGACCCGAUCAUCUUUGAGAAGCCAGACGGACUGGGCAUCAAGAUGCCAGAUCCAGACUUCAGUGUGAACGAUGUCAAGAUAUUUGUCGGCAGCAGGCGUAUGAUGGAUGUGAUGGAUGUCAGUACUCAGAAGGGUAUAGAGAUGUCUAUGGCCCAGUGGAGACGUUACUACGAGACGCCCCCCUCCCAGAGGGACAAACUCUACAACGUCAUCAGCCUGGAGUUUAGCCACACCAAGCUGGAGAACCUGGUCCAGAGGCCUGCGUCGGUGGACAUCAUAGACUGGGUGGACAACAUGUGGCCUCGGCACCUGAAGGAGAGACAGAGAGACUCCACCAACUCCAUCACAGACAUGCAGUACCCCAAAGUGCAGAAGUACUGUCUAAUGAGUGUGCAGGGCUGCUACACGGACUUCCACAUAGACUUCGGAGGUUCCUCGGUCUGGUACCACAUACUGCGUGGAGGCAAGGUGUUCUGGCUGAUCCCGCCCACGCCUCAGAACCUGGAGCUGUAUGAGGACUGGGUGUUGUCAGGGAAACAGGGAGACAUCUUCCUGGGAGACAAGGCCCAGGACUGUCAGAGGAUAGAGCUGAAGCAGGGCUAUACCUUCAUGAUCCCCUCAGGUUGGAUCCAUGCGGUCUACACUCCAGUGGACACCCUGGUGUUUGGGGGAAACUUCCUCCACAGCUUCAACAUCCCCAUGCAACUCAACAUCUACAGCAUCGAGGACAGGACACGGGUACCAGCUAAGUUCCGUUACCCGUUCUACUAUGAGAUGUGUUGGUACGUGUUGGAGAGAUACCUCUUCAGUCUGACCAACACCUCCUACCUCACGCCUGACUUCCAGAAACACUCCCUGGGCAUCGGUCUUACCAGAGACCCCUCCACCUGUGAGUCGGUCAACGGGCACACCCAGGAGGAGGAUGAAGAGGGUGCUCCCCCGACCCAGGGCUCUAAGCCCGGGGUGAAGGUUCACCUCACGCCCUUUGAGCUGGAGGGGCUGUGGAACCUGCUGGGGAUGCUAGAGUCUCUGCCCUCACAGAAGAACUGUGUCCCGGCAGGCAUACACGAUGCUCCCGCUCUGCUGCACGACAUCAGGGCCCUGCUGAAGGAGCAUGCUAAUGACAUCCCCAAACUGUCCUACACUGGCAAGCCCAUCGUCAAGUGGCCCAAGAGGCCGUCGUGGUACCAGCCCCCUCCCCCUCCUCCCCCGGUGGCUCGUCCCAAGCUGUCUGCCACGGUGGUGCCCCCGCGACCCCAGAAGCCCGCUUCCUCCAUGUCCGUGCUGCGGCGGCGGCGUGUGCGGUGUAAGCGCUGCGAGGCGUGCGUCAGGACGGAGUGCGGGGACUGUAACUUCUGCAGGGACAUGAAGAAGUUCGGAGGGCCGGGGAAACUCAAACAGACCUGCGUGCUCCGACAGUGUCUGGCGCCGGGUCUGCCCCUGUCAGUGGUGUGUGAGAUCUGUGCAGAUGGGAACCAGGAGGGAGGAGAGGGGCCAGUCUUCGCCCUCACCCUCAUGGAGUGUUCCAACUGUGCCCAGAUAGCCCACCCCGCCUGCCUGAAGGUAACAGGGGAUGGUGUGGUGAAUACAGAUCUGCCCAGCUGCUGGGAGUGUCCCAAAUGUGUUCUGGGAAUCACCGACACUGAGGUGAAGGGGGACAAGAAUAAAAUGUUACACGCGAAACGCAAGUCUUCUUCGUAUCUCGACGGUCGCAUCGCCAAGAUCUACCGUCGCCGUGGUCACAGCCGAGACGACGACGACUCGGGCAGUGAUGAUGAUGAUGAUGAUGAUGAAGGCGGAGGAGGCGGCACGGGACAGAAGAUGUCCGGGCCACGCUCUCGCGGCAGUGGCUCCGCCUCUCGGAGAGGUUACGGGACUGGGAGGCGGGGCAUUUGGAGAGGCUCCUCCCACAGAGGGGCAGGCCGCGGAAGCGCGCUGUCCCCUCACUCCUCCCUGAAGAUGAGGCGCGGCAGAGGAGGGCUGGGGGCGGGCCGAGGGGAUAGAGACGGGGGGCGUAGGGAGAGGGGAGGGAGAGUGCGCCUCCGGGGAGGCACCAGGAUGCAGAGACGCAGGGACGAGUCAGAGGAGGAUGACGACGAUGAUGACGACGACGAGGAAGAUGACGACAGUGAGGAAGAUCGGCAGCAUCAACGCCGCAGGCGGAGGAGAACGGACGACGAUGAGGAAGACGACGAUGAGGAAGACGAUGAUGAGGAAGACAGCUCGGCCCGGGACCUGGAGGGGGAGGAUGAGGACGUGGCCGAUGAGGAUGAGGAAGACGACGAGAACCGGUCAGACUCUGAACCAGAGCCUCCCGUCCUCCUGGUGUCUGACCUUAACGACGACCUCCUAAACGGCUCGUACCUGACAGUGACCCUACAGCGCCCCCCCAGGGCCAAACGCCACCCCGGCUCCAUCGUGCCCAAGCUGGAGGCCGCCAUGUCUCCCAGAACCCACGGCGGCGGUCCAGGUUACGUCCAGCAUAAAACCCUCGGGAAGACGCUGCACAAAAACGGCACGGUCGCCGCCGGCAACGGCCUGGCCCAGCCCGCCAAGAAUCCAGUCGGCCGGCCGCCUCGUCACCGUAUCAACAAUCCCCACGGCGACACAGCAGACAGGGAAAGAGAGAGGGACACUGCCUCUCAUUCCUCCUCUGACUCCUCGGCCUCCCCCCCCACCCCUCCUCCCCACUCCUCCCACUCUCCUUCCUCGCUCCUGUCGCUUCCCUCCUUCAAGGAUGUAGGAAACGAGAAAGGAGGGGAGAAGGAGGUGUGGGUGGCGGUGUUCUGUUACCUGAGCAGAGCCGAGCUGGCUAGCUGUAUGACUGUCUGUAAGGCCUGGUACAAAUGGAGUUGUGACAAGCGUCUGUGGAGUGGUGUGGAUGUAUCGCGGUGUCCCUCCCUCUCCUCCCAGGCCGUGCAGGGCAUCAUCAAACGCCAGCCCACCUCCCUGGACCUUUCCUGGACCCCCGUGUCCAAGAGACAGAUCACCCUGCUCAUACACCGCCUGCCAGGUCUGAAGGAGUUGAUGAUAGCAGGUUGCUCCUGGUCGUCCAUGUCAGCCCUGUCCACCCCCAGCCUGCCGUGCCUCCGUACCCUGGACCUGCGCUGGGCAGAGGGGGUCAAAGACACCCAGAUCAGGGACCUGGUCACACCACCAGGUUGUGACAGUCGGUCUCGGCUGCGUGGCUGUGUGGCGCUGCGUCUAGCCGGCCUGGACAUCAGUGACUCCACCCUGAGGCUGAUUCUCCGUCACAUGCCCCUGCUAGAGAGGCUGGACCUGGCCCACUGCAGGGACCUCACGGAUCAGUCCGUCUGCCUGCUCACCGCCGCCGGCACACGCAACACGCUCACAGAGAUCAACCUCGCAGGCUGUAGCAAGCUGACGGACGGCUGUCUGGUGUACCUGAAGAGGGCGUCUGGCCUGGCGCUGCUAGACCUGCGGGGCUGCAAAGGUGUGACGCUGCGGGGCUGUGAGGGCUUCAUCUCGGACCUCUCUCACUGCGUCCUGUUCUGUAUGACGGAGGAGAAACUCAUCCAGAGGAUAUCCUAAAACUGACCCCGUUCUUACCCCUACGCAAGGGGCACGUAGAGACCCCAUACCAGCCAGGCAGGGGGGAGAGAUGGGGAGCAGCCAACACCCCUCCCCCGAAAAGGAGAGCAAGCGCUCCAGAAAAAGGAGGGCGAGCAAAAAAAAAAGUGAAAAGACGUUCCCACUCCUCACUUGGGAUGAUAGAAGACAUGGAGAGGAUGGAGGGAUGGUGUCAGGAGAGGAGAAUGUGCUGUUGCAGCAUCAUGUGUUUAUUAGGAGGGUUAGGAAUCAUAUGAAUAGCACAGACACUUGUUAAUGUUGUUCACGCUACAGGGCUGAAAAUGGGAACCCUGGGCCUCCCGAGUGGUCUAAGGCACUGAGGCGGCGCGAAAUUGGCCCAGCGUCGUCCAGGUUAGGGGAGGGUUUGGCCUUGUCAAAUGAUGUCCUUGUC